AAUAUCAGAAUCAUGGAAUCUGUUUUAUCAAAAAGAAGCUACGCUUUUGCACGAUAAGACGAACAGAAAAAUAUACUAAGCCGUGUGGAAAAAUAAGAGUUUAUUUCUUUAAAUAAAACAAAGGAAGAAUAUUCACAAACUAUGCGUUGUAAUUAUAUUAAGGAAAACCUAGCUGUGGUCGUCUGCUUCGUGCUAUUUCAAUGCGCGAGGAGCGUUCCGAUCCAAAAACAUGCGACGAGACACAAACGGUCAGCAGAAACUGUUGAGUUCUUCAUGAAUAAUCAGCUUACACAUGAGUAUGAUCCGCGAACAGGACUUGCAUUCAUCAGUGAACAACACUUUAAUAACGACCUUACGUGUCCGGAACAUGUUUCUACGGGAAUGAACGACCCUGUUUAUAAAAGGUCAACUUGUCCCUGGUACUACAGCGAAUCACGUGACUCAAAGCGAUAUCCAGCCGUCAUCUUCCAAGCAGAGCGACUUUGUGACUACGCCAUUGGCUCAAACAAAAUGCAUGAGUGUGUGCCAAUAACGGAGAGUUUGACAGUAUUAAGAGAACAAAACUACCAUGACGGGAAUGGAAACUCCGUAUGGGUGGAAGAAACCAUAACAAACGUUGUAGGAUAUACAGCUGCCGGAAGACGACUCGCUGAAAAUUCACCACAGGCUACCACAGCGGCACCAGACAACCAACCUACACCGGAAUGGGCAAGACGAUAAAUGGUUCUCUCGAAAGAAUCAAAUAUACUGUAACUGCCAGUAAGGCUUCUUUGUCCGAGUUUAUGGACAUGAUUGUUAGACCAUAAUGGUCAUUUUUAGCAAUUAUAAAUUACAUCUGGUUUUAAUAAUUAAUUUAGCUGUACAGUUAUGAACGUUAGUGAAAAUUGAGAAUACAUUGUUAUGAUAAAAAUAUGUUAGGUAUUAUUUUAUGGAAUGCGCUGGGUUCAGUGAAGGAACACGUUUCACAGAAAUCACAAUGCAUUUUUAAUUUUCAAUGUUGACGCAUACAUUUCUAUAUCUAUUUCUUUUUUGGAAGCGGCUUUUUACACCGAUUUUAUAUUAGCUACACGGAGUGGAGUUUUGGUAUGGUUGAUCUUUAUCUUUUUACAAUUGACAAUCAGAGAUGUGAUUUAGUUGCGUUUAUUAUUGAAAAAUAAUCUCACUGUGAUGGACUACUGGGUAUUUUCUUUAGGAUGUACCAGGGUUUAUUUUACACACACAAAACAUAUAUGUACAUUGCUCA